CCUUUCGUUGUUGGGUUCAAUUUCAAGAUUAGAUUUUUUUCAACGUUCGCAUAAUGACUCUCACUGACUCAAUUGUCUCUGUAAAUACGAGACCCUUCUCGCACCCAUUCUCUCUAUAGCUCGCUCGCCAGGGUUUGAUUAUUCGAUUCAAAAGGUGUAGCUGAAAAGUUGUGAACUUUGAGCCAGACUUGGAAGUAAAAGAGUAUUUUGGUUCGAGAUUUAUCUGUUUUCCUUCAAUUUCAUCCAUUUUCCGCAUAUAUUGCAUAAUUUGGCAAACUUUUCUGAUUCGGGUUCCUGAGGCACUUGAUGUUAAUUGGAGCUAAAGAUUAGGACUAAUUUUGGCAUGUUACUUGGCAUUAAUUGGAGCAUAGCAUAUCUGGAAAGAUAGUGAAUUUCACCUAAUAGUAAAAGUCAGAGUGGCUUUUCUUGCCGCUUACAUGAUACUCCUCCGUCCUAGCUAAGAUGACACAGUUCUACACAUGAUUUUAGAAGUUGUUGGUUAACGUGGAUAAUUGGAGAUAGAAUGAGUGGAUGUAAGUGUUAAAUGGAAAGAGAAAGAGAGUUAGAAUAUUUAAUUGGGGAGAGAAAAAAAAGUGGUUGUGUGUAUUUUGGAGCGAGAAAGUUAUCAAAAAUAAGAAUGUGUCAUCUUGGUUGGGACAAACAAAAAUGAAAGUGUGGCAUCUUAGUUGGGGCAGAAGGAGUAGUAUUUCUCUAGUACUAUUUACCUGGAUCGGUAUUAUGGUUCAAUAAUUUUACUGCCUGCAUCUACAUGAUAAAAGGAAAUAUCUGAGGAUAUAGCUUUUGUGUGUUUGUUUAACUAAAUAUUAUGGCCAUGUUUCAGAUGAGCUUUUUUUGAGAUUGACAUCAUAUAAUGGGAAUGCUCUCCAGUCUCUCGGACAUUCCACUUGACCAUUCAGCUGCAUGAACUAAGGCAAAUAUACUGCAAGCUUUUGUUAGCACAGGUUCUCUAUGGGUGAACGUAGAAAACGCAAAUCAUUGUGGAGUGAGGAAGCAGAGACAAAACCUUUUACUGGAAAUCAUAGUGGGAUAGGUAAAGUCAUAGUGGUGAAAAAAUCAUGAAUUUCCUGCAUCUGGAUCUCACGGAUUGCCGAAGUUCAGGUAUCAUUCUGGUCACCCAUCUAUGGAAUCAAUUCAUGAGGACCCAGUUGAUUGGAUAAAUGGCAGCUAUCCCAGGGAAAGAGAGAAUGCAUAUCAAGAAAAGGAAAUAGGUGGUGAAAAUAGUUAUUAUCAGGAUAUGUCUCCCAAGUUCAAAUAUAACCACUUACUAGAAGAUGACCAAAGCCAUUCUCGCAGGUACCAAGGAAGAGGUAGGAGUAGAAGCAGGAGCAGGAGCAGGAGUAAAGGCAGGUGUCGCAGUAGGAGCUUGAGUAGGGGCAUCGAAAGGGAAAGAACAAGGGGAGAAAGCAGAAGUGACAGCGAUGCACAGGGUUGGACAAGAAGCCGUAGCCCUUUAAGAGAUUACAAACAUCAAGCUUCUGGAUGGAGUGACGGUAGAAGUUUACCUGAGAUGUCAAAUGAAGCUGAUUUUGCUCCAGGAAGGGGCAGGAGAGACGAUUUUAGCAAAUAUUUCUUACCAAAAAACACUAAUCACAGGGAUGGUGCCCUUGGGGGAAGGGACACAUCAGAGAGUCGGAGAAGUAGGGCUGAUCAUGGAAAUGAUUCUAAACUGUCUUACAGCAGAGGUGCUCGGAUUGAAUUAAGGAGUGAUGCUUCUGAUCCUUAUCAUGGAGAGAAUGAGCAAUUCCUAAACAACAGUCGAAAUGUACCGUGCAGAAACUUUGUUAAGGGUAGUUGUAGGUGGGGAGACAAUUGCAGAUUUUCUCACCAUAUUGCUUCUGAUGAAACCUGUGUUGAAGGUACUAAACGCUCCUCCUCAGAUAAGGACCCUGAGCACCAACCUUACAGAAACAGGAACCCACUUUGUAAGUAUUUUGCAGCAGGCAAGUGUGAUCGGGAUAAUUGCAAAUUCUUUCAUGAGGAUCCCAAUUUUAACCGUUUAGUGGGUAGACUGGGCAAAGUCAACAAUGACCAUAACUCACGUGACGGUAGCUCACGCGACAAUGAUAGUAUCUCACGCGACAAUGACCUUAGCUCACGUGACAAGGUGAACAAGAGGGAUGGCCUGAGAUGGGAAUCUUGUAAUGAGGCAGCUGGAAUCUCAAAUGAUAUGAAUCCUUCUGGGGGGGAUAGUUCUACUGUUAUUGUUACAGAAAGCACUGUUGACAACAGUAAUGCAGGACAAAACAAUACAAUGAGCCACAGUUUGGGAAACGAGAAAGUAAAUUGGGGGCUGCCACAACACACAACUAAUUUAGUGCCUGUACAUCAUGCAGGAAAUGGCAGUUAUGGUGGAGAUGCAGGUACUACUGAAUCUGCUAUUGAGGAAAAUAUGAUGGCCGAACAGGACGUUCUUGUGUUUCAUGGUUCACUGUUGCAAAAUCCAGAUGGAAAUACGAACAAAUUGCAGGUAGACCAACGAUUUCCCUUGAAUGCCUGGCAGCAGAAUGUUUCUCUAGUUUCCCAUAUUCAGCAUCAGAACCAUGGAGUAGUAGAAAACAAUGUGGUAAGUUCAUUCCGUUCUGACGUUAUUAAUGAGGUGAAAGACUCCAGAAAUGCCACUGUUGCAGCUUUUAUUUCUGCAGAAAACUUGCAUCAGAAUGGCAAAAGCGUACUUCUUGGGAGUUCAUCUAUUACCACUGAAGCUGGUAGCAAAGAUAUGCCAGCCUUGAAUGGGGCUGAGAUUCACCAUGUUGCUAAUUUGAAUUUGUCUCAGAUUCAGAAACUUCAAAAUGCUAUCCAAAUGGCUGGAAUUUCGGAGACAAACACCAUGUUGUCUUUUCCAAAAUCUGUAAUCAGUGAGCAGUCUGCUCAAUAUACAAACACUCUUCCUUCUACUACUCUACAGCAGGUUCCUCCUGUCCCAAAUCAAAGAUUUGAGAAUCAACAUUCUACAAAAAUUCCAAUUGAAGAAGUCUCCAAUUCUAUAGAGAUGGUGCCUUCUACGGCUAAUGCCUCUGGCCACGUUCCACUUGACUGCGCAUAUAUGCAACUCAAUCGAGUUACAGUUUCUCAUGAUCCAAUCAGUUCCGCGGAGAAUGGAAGAAAUAGUAAUGAGCAUGAAGAAGGCACUAAAAUGCCACCGACAGAUAAUACAGAAAUAGAUAAUUCUGAAAGGUCACAAGAACAGCAAGAGAUGGCACAUAAAAAUGCAGAAUGUGAUGAAGUCAAAGGAGGCAUGGGCGAGCAAAGUAAGGGAGUUCAAGUCAGUAAGCAUUCUGAAACUUUGGAAGACCAUGGGAAAGCUGACGAGAGUAUUGGUAACAAGGAUGAUAAAGGGACACGCCUGUUUAAAAAUUCUCUGAUAGAGUUUGUAAAGGACAAACUGAAGCCUAAAUGGAAGGAAGGCCGAAUGAGCAGAGACGUUCACAAAACUAUUGUAAAAAAAGUGGUGGACAAAAUUACAAGCUCUAUUCAAACCGAUCACGUUCCAAAGACGCAAGAGAAAAUUGAGCAGUAUCUCUCAUUUUCUGAACCCAAAAUCACCAAACUUGUACAGGUAAACUGUGUUAUCCAAUCAGUUCUAUUCAAGCCCACUAGUUUGUCCAAAGAUUUCCUUGAUAUUUUGCGCAGUGGUUGUACCUAAUCUUCUUUUCCUCUGACUAAAUAUUGGCACAAUCAGUUCGUAAUCUCGGCCUCCAAAUCCCAGUCUUAUUACUUCCUCCAGCUGAAUUAUUAAACUUGAGUUGAGUUUAUGCAACAUUUUAUUCUUUUCCAUCAUACUGACCUUGAGAUCUCUUGUAUUCUGUUGCUCAUUUGUCAUCAAUAUAUUUUUGUAUGUGAUCGAGUAGUAGUUUUGAUUCCUAACGCUAACACAAACUUGUGUU